AUGGGGUUCGAGCGACCGGGCUUUGCAAGCGGAGCGCCAAACGUGGGCGACGACGGCCUUGAAGGUGGAGGCUGUCUUGUUGGCCUUGAGGAGUUUGUUUGGUUCUCGAGAGGUAGAGAUUGCGGAGACGAAGGAGGAUUUGGCGUCGUGGAUGGGGGUUUGGGGGAGUACUCAGGGUGUCAAAGAGGACGGAGGGAGGGAGCGGGAGCGGAGGAGGGUGCGGUCGAGGAAGGGGGGACGGGACGGGGGAGCGGGGUUGCGAGCGAGUUCGGACCACGCAUUGACAAAAUGGAGGGCCCGAGGCCGUCGCGCAGUGUGAUGGACGGGCUGGGGCCGAGGCAGACCCCCGCCGCACUUGAAGAAGGUUACGCUGUAGUGAAGAAGCAAAGCUUCAGAAGGGGAGCUCCGGCUUCGUCGACCCCGGCUACUAAUCCCGCCCUCGAUCUCGACCAAAUCCAGUCUAAUUCAGUAAGGUUAUUAGAUCAAGAGCAGAGUAUGGUCGGCGUUAUGUCUCUAGAUGAGGCCGUUCAAAUGGCAGAUGGUUCUGAGAUAGUACUGGCAAUAUUGUCUCCAGGUGCAGAUCCUCCUGUUCUCAGGCUCUUUGACAGCGAGGAUUACAAAAAGCAUAAGUUUGAGCAGCAAAAGAAAAAAAGGGUGCAGCGGAAAAGAUCUCUUGCAAACCGUGUGGAUAUUAAAGAGGUCAAAAUGGGGUACAAUAUUGACUCCCAUGAUUAUUCUGUGAGGCUAAGGGCUGCCAAAAGGUUUCUCAGUGAUGGAGAUAAGGUAAAGGUCAUUGUGAACUUGAAACGUCGAGAAAAUGAGUUCAAAGAUAAAGCUAUUGAACUGCUCAAGCAAUUUCAGAAUGAUCUCUGGGAGCUGGCAAAAACGAGGAGAGCAAGAAUUUCCGUUUGAGAGACAUAUUCAUGGCUUUAAUGCCUAAUAAAGCAGUAACACAGAAAGCACAGGAGCAGCCAAAGAAGAAGGAAGGACGGGCUAAAGAAGCCCCAGCCAUUGUCUAAUUGAUCCGUGGCUCUUGAUGGCAGUUUCAGAGGCAAUUGAUUAAUUUGCAUCAUGGUGAAAAACUCCUCCAUAUUUUUGUAGACAGGUUUUUUACUGAUGAUGAGCCCUUUUGUCAGAUGAGCUUUAGUGCAGGAAGUGAUUUACUCUUAACAUU